AUGGAGAAGCGGCCACAGCGCCUGGACCGCAGGAGGCUGGUCCUGCUCAGCAUUUUUCUGGGGACGCUGCCGGAGUUUGGGGCCGGACAAAUCCGAUACUCUGUGCAGGAAGAGGCCGACAAAGGUUCCUUCGUAGGUAACAUCGCCAAGGAUCUGGGGCUGGAGCCGCGAGAGCUGGCAGAACGCGGAGUCCGCAUCGUCUCCAGAGGAAAGACGCAGCUUUUCGCUCUGAAUCCGCGAGGUGGCAGCUUGAUCACCGCGGGCAGGAUAGACCGGGAGGAGCUCUGCGAGAAGGUAUCGGCCUGUUUUUUAAAUAUGGAAAUUCUUGUGGAAGACACUUUGAAGAUUUACGGAGUGGAGGUGGAAAUAAUGGAUGUUAAUGACAACGCCCCCAGCUUCCCAGAAGAGGAAGUGGAGAUAAAAGUCAGUGAGCAUGCAACUCCUGGAUCACGAUUUCCCCUUCCUAACGCUAGAGAUCCAGAUGUGGGCGUGAACUCCCUCCAGAGCUACCAGCUGAGCCCGAAUAGUUACUUUUCCUUGCAAAUGCGAGGUGGAACUGAUGGGGUCAAGAAUCCUGAACUAGUUCUGGAAGGAGGCUUGGACCGGGAGAAAGAGGCUGCUCAUCUCCUCCAACUCACGGCCUUAGAUGGAGGAGACCCUAUCCGCAAGGGAGCAGUACCCAUACGUGUGGUGGUCCUGGAUGUAAAUGACCACAGCCCAAAGUUUACACAGUCUGUAUAUCAAGUGAGUGUUCCAGAAAACCUCAGCCUUGGAACUCGGGUACUCAGGGUAAAUGCAACGGAUCCAGAUGAGGGAAUUAAUGGGGAAGUGAUGUAUUCAUUCAGGAAUAUGAAAAGCAAAACUUCUGAAAUAUUCCAAUUGAAUUCAAAAACUGGAGAAGUUCUAGUAAAGCGAUCUCUGGAUUUUGAGAAAUAUAGAUUCUAUGAGAUGGAAAUUCAAGGCCAAGAUGGUGGAGGUCUCUUGGCCACUGCUAAGAUGUUGAUCACAGUUGUGGAUGUGAAUGAUAAUGCUCCAGAAAUAACUAUCACCUCCUCUACUAAUUCCAUUCUGGAAAACUCCCCUCCAGCUACAGUAAUUGCUCUUCUAAAUGUUCAAGAUCAGGAUUCUGGAGAAAAUGGUCAGGUUUUCUGUUUUGUUCCUAACCAUCUGCCUUUUAAAUUAGAAAAGACUUAUGGAAAUUAUUAUAAACUGAUAACCACUGCAGAGCUGGACAGGGAGCAAGUCCAGAGUUACAACAUAACGUUGACGGCCAUGGACCAGGGAAAUCCGCCCUUAUCUACAGAAACUCACAUCUUCCUGAAUGUGGCAGAUGACAACGAUAACCCUCCCGUGUUCACUAAGGCCUCUUACACUGCCUACAUUCCUGAAAACAACCCCAGAGGUGCUUCUAUCUUCUCCGUGACUGCCCUCGACCCAGACAGCAAAGAGAAUUCCCAGGUCACUUACUCUCUGAUUGAGGACACCAUUCAGGGAGCACCUCUGUCUUCCUACUUAUCCAUCAACUCGGACACCGGGGUUCUAUACGCUCUACAAUCCUUCGACUAUGAGCAGUUUCGUAACCUACAGGUGAGAGUGACUGCUCAGGACAGUGGGGAUCCUCCUCGCAGCAGCAACGUGUCACUGAGCCUGUUCGUGCUGGACAGGAAUGACAAUGCCCCUGAGAUCCUGUACCCCGCCCUCCCCACAGAUGGUUCCACUGGUGUGGAGCUGGCACCCCGCUCUGCAGAACCCGGCUACCUGGUGACCAAGGUGGUGGCGGUGGACAAAGACUCAGGCCAGAACGCCUGGCUGUCCUACCGCCUGCUCAAGGCCAGCGAGCCUGGGCUCUUUGCGGUGGGGCUGCACACGGGGGAGGUGCGCACAGCUCGGGCCCUGCUGGACAGAGACGCGCUCAAGCAGAGCUUGGUGGUGGCCGUCCAGGACCAUGGCCAGCCCCCUCUCUCCGCUACUGUCACUCUCACUGUGGCUGUGGCUGACAGCAUCCCCGACGUCCUGGCUGACCUGGGCAAUCUUGAAGUCCCUGUGGAUCUGGAGACCUCAGAUCUCACCCUCUACCUUGUUGUGGCAGUUGCCGCGGUCUCCUGCAUCUUCUUAGCCUUUGUCAUUAUGUUGCUGGCGCUCAGGCUGCGGCGCUGGCACAAGUCUCGCCUGCUCCAGGCUGCAGGUGGUGGAUUGACAGGCAUGCCGGCCUCACACUUCGUGGGCCUGGAAGGGGUGCGGGCUUUUCUGCAGACCUAUUCCCACGAGGUCUCCCUCACCGCGGACUCGAGGAAGAGCCACCUGAUCUUCCCCCAGCCCAACUACGCGGACACAGGAGAGCUGCGAGAAAAGCGAGCCUCUCCUAAUAGGUGA